GGAUUAAUUAAAAGGAUUUACUGUAUGUUUUAUGACUCUUUACUGGAGCCUUGGGAGAUAGAUAAAGAUGAAUGCCGUGUCUCAUCCAAUACUGAAAAUUUGAAGUUUAGAAGACACUUGCUAAGUCAAAUCAUCUCAAGGACGUUGUCAUUCAAGUCAAAUACAUCAUAAUGCAGAAUUCUUUAUCAGUGCCACCAAAAGAUCAACAAGGUGAAUCAAACAUCUCUUCUGGGACGAUUCAGAGUGGGAAGGGUUUGCAGUGUAAGAGUCACUUUAGGACCAUUGCACCGAAGCUCGUGCCCAGAGUCCUGACCCCCAGAGCGCUGUCGUGCCCUUCACCAUCACUCUCUGACCAGGUGAAUCCCGGGCCCUCCAUCAACGCCAAGCCCCUGGGGGUGCCCACCCAAAAUUACGCUCUGAUGCAGCUUGCUGGACAGGAGGGGACGUUUUCUCUCGUCGCUCUGCCACCUGUCCCCUCUGCUCAGCCAAUCCAGAAACCCAGACUAGCGCUGCCUGAAAACCUGAAGCUGCCUAUUCCCCGAUACCAGCCCCUGAGAAAUAACAAAGGAUCAAGAAAGAAACCUGCUCCGAGCUCCUCUGAGAGUGGCGGUGGCAUACCUCCUGCCCAAACCCAAACGUCCCCCUCCCCACCUGACCUUCCCGAACCCCCACACAGACCCGGUCCAUCGGAGCAAGUGCAGUCUCCAGACCCAGGCCCAGCCAGCAUCAGCAGCACGGCACUGACCCUCCGCGGUUGCCCCGGAGACUCCCCACCCCCAGGGACCAGCAGCCGUGGAGAUCUGAACCCUCCUACCACCCGGACGGUGUCCACUCCAGGGGAGCCCUCAGCCAAGCCGGGCCUCACAGAGACUCCAGGGAAAGCAAACGUGGCGAGCAAGGAAACCUGUGGUAAGCCUUGUGCCGUUGCCAGUGGAAAACGGAGAGAACAAGCUGAUCUUGCAAAAGGCACGACCAUUUUGUCACCAGCUGUUUUCAGCAGCGCCGUUCAGCUGAUCUCUCCGGUCCCCAGAGGUAAACUGCCCAUCGUGCCCUACGGCAGUGGGAGAACAGCGGAGGUAUCCGGAGCCCCGCCCGAGGUGAGCCUCCCAGACGGGCUCGGGGCAGCGAGUGGUGAAGUGCCCUCCAUCCCAGCUGUCCCUACCGCAGCCACCAGCAUGCUCGGCAGGACACCUGUUCCACUGAGCCCCUGUGAAAGUACCUUUUGUGGGGCCACCAGACCGGAUCUCAGCCCCAAAGCAAAACUCAGCGGCGGGGCAGCAAAGAGAAGAGUAAGACGACGAAAUGUACCAGAUGAAAUUUUGGCGUUUCAGGGAAAAAGGAGGAAAUGCGUUAUUAAUAAGUGUAAAGAUAGUAAAGAAAGAGUGAAAGCCGAUCCGCAAGAAUCCAAUGACCAAAAACCAGGGGCUGUGAAAAAAUACCGCAGCAUUAUGCCCAAGCCUGUGAUUGUCGUGUCUGCUUUGGCUCCCCUGACUUAUGCAGGCGUGUUGCCGCCCCCGAUGCCCGGCAGCCUCGGGCAGGAUGUGCUGUUAAGCAGUCCCGUCGCUCCCAAGCACCCGAGCUGUAGGCAGGACAGCGGCACCUCCGCUAAGCCCGGCUCCGCGCUGAGAAACGGCCCCGCGGGCAUUAAGAAACCGUGGCUCAGGUGUCACGUCUGUAACCACCACUUCCAGUUCAAGCAGCACCUCCGGGACCACAUGAACACACACACCAACAGGCGGCCUUACAGCUGCCGGAUCUGCCGCAAGGCCUACGUACGUUCCGGCAGCCUGAGCGCGCACAUGAAACUCCAUCACGGCGAGAACCGUCUGAAAAAGCUCGUGUGCUGUGAGUUCUGUGCAAAAGUGUUUGGCCAUGUCAGGGUCUACUUGGGCCACCUAAAAGAAGUGCACCGGGUUGUCAUCAGCACGGAGCCCUCCCCUGGCGAAAGGCAGCCAGGGGACGCUUCAAAGAACAGAUGCCUGACAGCACGAUGGCCAGAGGGACUGGUGGAGAGGGAAAACAAGUCAAGCCUGGAAGAAGACCUCCUCCUAACCCAGGCAGACGAAGUCAAAUUACAAAUCAAAUGUGGCCGCUGUCAGAUCACCGCUCACUCUUUUGCUGAAAUCAAGUUUCAUUUACUUUACGUUCACGGAGAGGAAAUUCAGGGCCGGCUGCAAGAGGAGAUCUUCCCAGGAAGCACAGGAUCUCAGGAAGAGCUGGUGAAACACACCACUCCUUUCUGGAAGCAACAUCCUGAGAGAAGGAAGCUGGUCAAGCGUUGUCCCCCUGAUGAAGACUUACGUGCAGUUCCGAAACUAAAAAGGCAGCUGUACCUUCAUCAUCACAGUGAUGUGGAAAGACUCAGGAAAACAGAGGGAGUGCAAGCGGGACCCAGGGAGCCACUGGGGGUGGCCCCCCGGGGCUCCGCAGGUCCCAGCCCCCGCACCCUCCUCCUUGGGGCCCAUUCAGGCUUCAACUGUGUCCUCUGUGCCCAGACGAUGGCAAGGAAAGAAGAAGUCCUCCGGCACUGGGAACAGGAGCACCACUGUGAGGACCCUCCCAAGCUGUGGAUGAUUUUAAAUGCACUCUCUAGUCAGGGGGUGACAGGACUUCCUGGGGAAACUGAGAAAUGAAAUCUUGGGGGUGGGGGUAAAGAGAAUGUUGCUUGCUUGCUUUCUCUUUCUCUCAAAGCCCUGUAUAUUUAUGGUGGUGCUUAAUGAUAAAAGACUAAUUAGGAUCAGCAUUAAUGAACACAAGUGAUUUUUGUACACAGUUUUAUUUUCCUACUAUAUAUAUAUAUAUACAUAUACUAUGUAUACAUAUAUAUAUAU